AUGGCGAAUUGGUUUCACAGCAUUGAAGAUGCGGCGUCUCGGCGCGCCUUUAUGCGUGAGGAAUUACGCCUCCGCCAACGACAACAACCAUACCCGCAGUCGCAGGAGAACAGGAAAGGGGACGGUGUAUUAUCCACGGUUUCCUACAUGUGGGAUGGACUGAUGACGUCCUUGUCGCUUCGUACACCCCAAGAGAGUGAUGCAGCACGAACGAGGAAGGCGGAAUGUGAGGCAAUUGAUGCCUACGUGGACAGCCACCACAGCCUGAUCUGCGACGACGUCGUGUACAUGGCCAUGACCCUCUAUGCGGUGGAGCAGGAGUCGCGGACUCGCCGCCUUGCCACCGUCAAGGCAAGCGACGCGUCCACGCCGUACGUCACCCUGCAACGGCUUGCCCAGUGCUCCUUGGAGUCCCUUCUUCCAGAUGUUGAAGUGCCCACAACAUUUUGUUUUGCCCCUCUCGCGACCUGCUGCGCGAGGGACGUGGCAUCGCGUCCAGCCACGGAGGGGAGCUGGAACGGGCUUGUGGGGUUCCCUGGCAACUUUUCCUUGCUGCUGCGGCGGCUGGUCGCAGACGGGAUGCCAGGUGGCCGGCACGACGCCACGGGGCGUAGAAGUAGCUGGGAGGGACCGCCCAUCGAAGGACUUCUGCUCAAGCAGGCCUCUGCACUCGUGCGCGUCAUGGCGGUUGUUGCCGCCUUAACACAACACACUACGAACGAGGGAGGCUCAACGGCGGCGGCAACAGAACCACCACCAGAAACCGUGAAGUUUGUGCUACACCCCGCGGAUUUGUCCUUUUCACAGUGGCGUAAGCUGUGCUUUGCCCUGCAUGCCAUGCGUCGGGCGGAGGCAGACAACAUUGCGUUUACUUCACCUGCUGCGGAGUGCCGCUUCCAGCACCUGCAGACCUGCACAGAGAACGUGCAGGAGGCGGCCUCUUGCACGCAGCUUGGGCGGGGGCAGGAGAACGGCGAGGUUGCGGGACAUUGCUGCCUUGCGUGCUGUCCAAGCGCGGAGUGUGAAGUAUACCUCAGGUUGUACGUGGAGGCGGGCCUCGCAUUGUUGAACCGCUCGCGCAUGGACGUCUUGGUGUGCCGCUCCACCAAUGCGGAGGAGCGUCGUGUGUUGUUUAUGGUGCUAUUAGUGCUUCGACGUGCCGUUACCAUAUUUUUUUCGACAAGGGAGGCCCCCAGGGACGGCGACGGGGCCGAUGCGCAAAGUAGCACACAAGCCCACAGCAGUGAGCUACGCGAGGCGCAUUAUGCACGCAAUCGACACCUGCUGCUUCCACGAAGGCAAUCACGCCGGAAAAUGGAGCAGGAUGUACUGAUGCGCAUUUCCGCCUUCGCAUUUGGCGUCCGUCCGUUGCUCUCUGCGGACGAGUUAUUGCACUGA